AUGGCGGAGGAGGCCGUGAGGGGGAUCCUGGAGCAGCUCCUGGUGGCCCUGGGGACCCCCAAAAAUGGGGAGCCCCGACGGGGAGCUCUGCUGGUGGCCCUGACAGCGGGGAAGGGCCCGGGGGGCCCCCCCUGCAUCUUCACAGUGGCCGCCACGGGACCCCUCGGCCGUGACCUCGACCCUGAAGUGCUGGAGGGGGCUCCCCGAGGGGUGCAGGAGCUGCCGGGAGCCCCCCCAAAUCCACCCCCCUGCUGCAGGCAGAUCCUGGCUCGGGCUCAGGUGCAGAGGAGCUUCCAGAUCUGCCAGCCCCUCCCGUGGAGCCCCACCCGGGGGUCCCUGUGGCGGCUCCUGCACCGGACCAGCCUCGUGCACCCUGAGGUCGAGUUUCAUUUCUGUGUCAGCAUCGAUGGGAAGGUCACGUCCCGAACCCUCAGCCCCGAGCCCCCCUGGGCACAGGCGGGAACCAGGCUGAGGGUGCAGAGCCGGCACUUCACUGGGCCGCCCUGCAGCCGCCUCCGCCCGUGCCCGGGGCCGCCGCUGCCGCUGCCGGUACCGGCCCCGCUGGCGGCCGCGGGCUUCGGGGGAGACCUGCAGCUGCUCCCGGUCAGCGCCCUCAGCCCCGCCGGGACCCCCGGGACCCCCGGGACCCCCGGGCCGGGACCCCCGCUCCGCCGAGUGGCUGUCCCCCCUGUCUGGAUGAGUCCCCUACGGUUCGAGGAGCCCCCCCAAAUCCGGGGUCCCCCCCCAGGGAUGCGCCGGCUGCUCCUGCCCCAGCUGGACCCCACGCUCCACCUGAGCCGCCCCGCGCUGGCCCGGGGGCUCCGGACCCUCCUGCACCCCCUCCUGGGUGGGCUGCACCGCCAGCACCAGGCCCAGCAGAGCGUGGCCCGAGCCCAGGCCCUGGCGGUGGCCGCGGUGACGGCCGUGGUGGCCGCCAGCUCCAGCUCCCGCUUCCGCAGCGCCUGCUUGGGCGCCCUGCAGGUGCAGGACACGCCGGCGCUGGCGGUGGCCGCACGCCGCAGGUGGGCCGAGGUCUCGCGCCGGCCACGGCUGCCCCGCGGGGGGGCCGCGGUGCCCGGCUGCCUCAGCCUGGCCUGCUCCUACGUGGGGAGCCUGUACGUGUGGGGCAGCCCCCUGCCCAGGGACCACCCGUCGGUCAUCAAGCGCCGCUUCACGAGCGUCCUGGUGGUGUCGGGGCUGUCCCCGGCCCUGGUGUGGCUCUGGAAGGAGCUCACGGGGGUCAAGGCCGACACCCCCCUGCCCGCGCUGCUGGGGCUGCGCCUCGAGGGGCUGGUCCCGGCCACGCUGCUGCCUCUGCUGCUCACCAUGAUCCUGUUCCUGGGGCCGCUGAUCCAGCUGUCCAUGGACUGUCCCUGGCGGUGGCUCGAUGGCAUCAGGGUGGCCCUGGACCCGCGGGUGUGGGUGCUGUGCCUGGGGGACGUGCGCUGGCUGCGGAACCAGGUGGUGGCCCCUCUGACGGAGGAGUUGGUGUUCAGGGCCUGCAUGCUGCCCAUGCUGGUGCCCUGCACGGGGCCCGGCCCCGCCGUGCUGGCCUGCCCCCUCUUCUUUGGGGUCGCCCAUUUCCACCACGUGAUCGAGCAGCUCCGCUUCCGCCACGGCUCCGUCGGCAGCAUCUUCAUGGCAGCAGCAUUCCAGUUCUCCUACACGGCCGUGUUCGGGGCCUACACGGCCUUCCUGUUCCUCAGGACCGGUCACCUGGCGGGGCCGGUGCUGUGUCACUCCUUCUGUAACUCCAUGGGGUUCCCGGCGCUGGGCGCGGCUCUGGGGCACCCGCGGCGCCGGGCGCUGCUCCCCGCGUAUCUGCUGGGGGUGCUGGGCUUCCUGCUCCUGCUGCACCCCCUGACCGAACCCGCCUUCUUCGGGGCGCGCCCGCCCUGCCGCGACCCCCCCGCCUGCUCCUGA